GCGAACCCCCAGCGGCAGCCGCAGCGGACGUUGAUGGCUCUGCGGCCUCAUCGACAGCGGCGCCAGGCGAUGAGCCUCCCGCGCCUGCUGCUGGCGCUACUUCUGACGGCAGCUUCGCUGCACAGCCUGUACCAGCGAUCAACAAGGACCCCGACCUCGAAGACAAGGCACAGAAGAUGCUCAGCCAGAUGCGCAAGCCCACCGCGACCGCCGCGGCUGGAGCGCAGCAGCCUCUUUAGCCGACUACUACCCGACCCUGGGCGGAAUGGUGAGACGGGACGCCUACCGUCAGAGACCAAGAACUACGACAACCCACCGAUCAUCAACACAAUGGACGCAGUCCUCGACCCGUUCGACGAGCUGGCCGAGUUGGACGCCCACAUCGAUUUCGCAGCCACAGUUCAGUAUGCUACCGCCCCGCCUGAGACGCUGUCCUCGGUUGGGGGCGAUGAGGCGGCACAGUCCGUCGACCCAGUAACAUGGGACCCAGGGCAGCCGCAGCGUGCCGCGCGAGCUGACCCUGAUGCCGCUCCGCCCGAGACGCUGUCCUCGGUAGGGAGUGAUGAGACGGUCCAAGCUGUCGACAAGCAGUUGGUACAGGAACCAGGGGAUCCGUUGCCAAUGGCACACCCUGAUGCCGCCCCGCCCAAGACGCAGUCCUUGGUAGGGGGCGAUGAGAUGGCGAAAGCUAUCGACUCGACCGCUGUGAAAGGCCCAUGGAAGCCCAGCAGCCCGAGACCCGACCCCAGACCCGUCUACCAAGACGAAGGCCCUACGAAUCCCACGCCGUCAGAUCACUCCCUGUUCUUCUCCAACAUUACCCAGUGGGGGCCACAGUCGGAGAAAUGGCUGGCAGGACCAGGCAAACAAUAUCAGAUGGUGGCAUUGGUUGAAACACACAUCUCGCACGGUAAGGCCCCUCUCAUCUACGACAAGCUAGCAGCGGAUGGUUGGAGGAUAUCAUCUACUACAGCCACGCCGACCAGCAGAUCCGACGGAGGCAACACGGGCGGCGAGAUUAUCCUCUCCAGGUACCAUGUCCAGGCCACAACCUUCAACCACCUCCGCGACCUGGCCAUCUCCCAGCGCAGGCCCGACCCGUUCCGAGGCUUCACGCCCAUGGCAUGGCACAGACGCUCGGGCAACCUGGUCGUUAUUGCAGCAUACCUGGAACCCCACAGGCAGAUCGAGGGUGCAGUGCACGAUGAGCUACUCUCGCUGGGGGCCUUCGUUGCUAUGCUCACUGACCCUUGGAUCAUCCUGGCCGAUUGGAAUAUGACUCCUGAGCAGCUCGCAGCGACAGAGUGGCCCGCCAAAUGGAAUGCUACCAUCGUGCGAGAGCCUAUCCCUUACGCUAUCCCGACCGACCUCUGGGAGGAGCAAUGGCAGCAAGCAGUACCCACACGUUGUAAGCAGCCCCACGCGCACUUCGUGUACACUCACUGGGCGCACGACGCCGACGACCUCAACCUCAAGUACGCCAAAUGGGUCACGGCCCUCGAGAACACCAUGAUCAGCCACCACCAGAUCGACCCCAAGGAAGCCGCAGCAUUCACAGGCCGCGCCCAAGGCUACCAAUUGUCCUGGAAGAAGACGGCCGCCGCCCCAGGCCGCGUUCACGUACAUGACCCUCAGUCGGAAUGGUGGGCAACCACGCUCACCCUCAUCAAGCGCUACGCUGCGCUUCACGACAAGCCCAAGCACACAGCGCUCAUGCAGCAGCAGGCCUCCAUCAUCCAGCAGCGCGCGGACCACUUCAGCGCUCACGUUCACGACCUCCAGUUCGAGAAGGACGAGGACACCAUCUUCCGCUGGUUUGCACUCGUCUGGGCCCCGCACUUGGACAACGAGGACACCGACGACUUGGUCACUAUUACUGCUACUUGGGCCUCCAGAGCGCUUUCCGCCGCCCUCGCUAAGUCCAAGAGGGCCUACGGCGCCUGGCUCGCCAAGCAAUGGAAACACCGCCCUGGAGUACUACACGCCCAUGUCAAGCCAGCGCCCGUGCGUCACAUCGAGGCCUACACGACCAACCUGACCAUCGCCGACCCCACCGUUAUCAUGGACAGCAAGAAGCAACAAUGGCAACAAGUAUGGCAGGCCACCGAGACCCCCGACGACAUCCUACAG